CAUUUUAAAUGAAAUAUUUCUAUUAAAAAUACCUUCUUAGUUAAGCUUAAGUUGCAUUUUUCGUAUCAACUCAAUCUGUAAAUAUGCUAUAGUAAUAUUUUUAUUUAAGAAAAAUAUGGUACAUUUUAGUACUUAAACGAAACAAUGUCUUCAACUUUAUAUGAUAAAAUUUUUAAUAAGGAGGGUUCUAGGCCCUAUAAAUGUUGCGAAUAUGCUAGUAAGGUUUCUAUAAAUCUAAACCACUUUAGAAGAGAUGGCAGAUUUUGUGACAUAGAUCUCAUAUCUGGAAAAACAAAAAUUAAGGCACACAGAGUGGUACUAGCUGCAAGUUGUGAAUAUUUUGAUGCCAUGUUUAAUGUAGGCUUAGAAGAGAGCCAGAAAGGUCGUGUGGUUCUACCAAGUGUACCUCCAGGCAUACUUCCUAUGAUUAUUGAUUUUAUAUAUACAGGUGAAAUUGAGAUUGAUAAGGCCACUGUGCAACAUCUGAUGAUAGCAGCUGAUAUGUUUCAACUUAGAGAACUUGUUAUUGGUUGUGGAGAAUUUUUAAAAAGAGAACUACAUCCAUCAAAUGCACUUGGGAUAUUCAGGUUUGCAGAAACCCAUAAUUGUACAGAAUUGGCUGAAGAAGCUUUGGCACAUGCCCAGGCUAACUGGAAUUUAGUUGCUAAUGGAGAUGAAUUACUAGAGUUACCUUUGCAACAACUCAUUACACUUUUGUCAUCAGAGCAACUCAAAGUGGAUAACGAAGCUCAGGUUUUAUAUCCAGCACUAAAAUGGCUGGAAUAUGAUCCAGCAAACAGAAGACGUCACUGCUUUGAAGUUUUAAGUAAAGUUCGUCUACCACUUAUUUCACCACAAAUUUUAGGCGAUGCAAUUAAAACAGUACAAGAUCCCUCCAUAGUCGUCGCUUUGAAAACAGUGAGAGUCGAUAUGAAUUCGGGGCGCGGCGCGCUGGUGUCGCUGUCGGCCGAGCCGCGGGCGCGCGCGCGUCGCAUGCUGGUGGUGGCGGGCGGCUCGUGCCACGACGCCGCGCCGCACCCGCCGCACGCCGCCGACAACAUUCUCUCCUCGGUUCUCAAGUUUGACUUAUAUAAAAGAGAAUGGGAGGAACUCUCGUCAAUGUGUAUAGCUCGUAUACAACCAGGAGUCGCAAUGUUGGGAGGCCGCGUUUAUGCAGUGGGAGGAGAACAAGGAAGUCAGAUAUUGGCGAAUGGUGAAGUGUAUGAUCCACAGACUGAUAAAUGGUCAAAUAUAGCACCAAUGAAAGAAGCUCGAUGUGAAUUUGGUCUUACCGCUUGGAACGGAAAUCUAUACGCCUUCGGCGGGUGGGUGGGGUCGGACAUGGGUGCUUCCGUCGAGGUCUACGAUCCUAUAUCCGACGAGUGGACAUUAUCUGGAAGAAUGCCUGAACCGCGAUUCGGAAUGGGCGUCGUUAAUUUUGAAGGUCUGAUAUACGUGGUGGGCGGCUGCACGCACACGUGGCGCCACACGCGCGACCUGCUGUGCUACCAGCCCGCGUCGCGCAAGUGGCACGCGCUGGCGUCCAUGCGGCACGCGCGCAGCCAGGCCGCCGCCGUGGUGCUGGGCGCGCACCUCUACGUCAUCGGCGGGAACGCGCCGCGCCGCACCGUGCUCGCCUCCGUCGAGAGAUACAGCUUCGACGACGACUCGUGGGAGGAGGUGGCGAGCCUGCAGCAGGCGCGCGCGGGCUGCGCGGCGGGCGCGGCCCACGGCAUGUUGCUGGUGGCGGGCGGCGACAGCGAGUGCGCGGGCGAGCGCGCCUUCUACCGCGCGCGCACCACGCUGUCGUCGGUGGAGCUGUACGAGCCCGUGCGCGACGCGUGGCUGGCGGCGCCACCGCUGCCGCACUCGCGCGCCGAGGCGGGCGCCGCCCUGCUCUGACGAACUGCCGCCCUGCCGCAGAUCCUCACGACCGUCAUAUGGGAAUGAUGCUAUUAGCUAAGUGCAACUUUAAACGCGAAGGGAAAAUUUGCACUGUGAAAUGCAAUGAAAUGCCACUUAUUUCUCACAAUUUUCUUGUUUGGAAGCACAAGCAAUGUGUCAGAUGUUGAUAUUGAUGUAUUUUUACACAAAGGGACCGCUCACCACUUACACACCAAUUACUAAGUUAACAAACUUUGGAAUUCAUUUUUAACCUUAGGAAAUACGCAAUACUUUCUGAUUUUCUUCGUUGAGUAGACACAAUACAACGUUUACUGUCGUUUACUGUGGCGUGACGUCACGUGCAGGCGCCAUGACACCUGCGGGUGUUUUCGAGCGAAAUUCAAAAUAGGUAAAUGAAAAUGCAAUUAUUUGCGUAAACAGUUAGUUUAUUACUGAAAUAAAAUUAUUUUCAGUAAUAGUGUGCGUGUACCUACAUUAUAGAAGGUUAUUUCAAAAUCAGUCAUCAUGCCUAUUACAGACAGGUUUCAGCGUCACGUUGGGUGAGUUGAAAUAUAUCUUCCGAAAUCCGAAACAGCCUGUGAAUGUCCCACUGCUGGGCUAAAGGCCUCCUCUCCUCAUUUUGAGGAGAAGGUUUGGAGCUUAUUCCACCACGCUGCUCUAAUGCGGGUUGGUGGAAUACACAUGUGGCAGAAUUUCAGUGAAAUUAGACACAUGCAGGUUUCUUCACGAUGUUUUCCUUCACCGUAAAGCACGAGAUGAAUUAUAAUCACAAAUUAAGCACAUGAAAAUUCAGUGGUGCUUGCCCGGGUUUGAACCCACGGUCAUCGGUUAAGAUUCACGCGUUCUUACCACCAUCCUUAUUAUCCUUAUGGGCCAUCUCGGCUUUUUUUUUAUAUCGAAAUAUAUCUUACAAUUAAUUAAUUUCGCUUAUUUUUUAUAAAAUUGCCAAAUUAAGAAAUAAAGAUUUUUGGUGAUUGAACGUACCAUUUUAUAUGCUACGUCGUUUUGUGAGAAAGUUGAGUAUACUGUUAUAUUACUAAAUGUACAAAAAAAUAUAUUUGGUAAAUUGAAGCAAGAUUAUGCAACAUUGCGAUUUGCAUUUUUUCAUAGAAUAUUUUAGUUUAAUUUUUAGAAAAUUGAGACAAAUAUAAUAAUUAUAAAAACAUAUUUUACUCACAUUUUUUUGGUACUGUAUUGUAAAGUUUUAGAAUAAUUUCAUACUAUUUCAAUUGUAUGCAUAUGUACUAAGCUUCUAAGAUAAAGGAUCUCGAAAGUAAUUUUUUUUGAAAUUAUAUUGUUACUCAUGUCAUUGGCAAUGUUAUAAUUUUAAAAACAUAAAUAUAUUAUAUUUUAGGAACACCAUAUAUAUUAUAAAUUGUUCAUAUAAAGACCAUUUGGUUACAAUUCCAUAAUUUUCCGUUGAAAUUCGAUGUAUGUAGAUUAUCUGGAUCCAUGGUUAAUUUUCAUAUGAAUAUCGACGUCGCUAACACCGUGGGUACUUAUAAUUUUCUGUAUUAAACUAUUUGUUAUUUCACCUUUGUUGUCAAUGUCAUUUUAGAAUAACAAUUAUCAAUAUAUUCUUCAAGAAUUAUAAUACUUAAAAUGUGUAACGAAGUUUAUAAUGUAUGCAUAUGUGAUAAUUAUGUUUAGUGUUAAAUUUAUUAUUAUAGGUUCAUAAGUUUAUUUAGUUAAUUGAUUUUGUUCAAUUGAAAUUGUUCUUUUGCAAAUGUAAAAAUAUAUUAUCGAAGGAUAUAACCAGUGGCUCUCCAAUUAAGUUUAUUUCUUGACCUCUUAUUUGUCAUAUUUAUUAUACUACCAGAUGGAAUUGUAUGAAAUUCUAUUUAAUGAUGAAAGGAGGAGGGUUGAUAAGCAGAAUUUUUCUCAAAAAUUAAAAUUUUGAUUGCUAUUUUUAAAUGAAUUUUUAUAAUUGGAGAUAUAUAGUUUUCUAUUCGAUAAGUUUUACAUGAUAAAUAAUAUUGUAUGUCGGCAAUUAUUGACCAAAAUAGAGUGUUUUGUUUAUUCGGUCUUAAGUUAUUAUUUCUUAAAGAAGCGAUUCAUGAACCACAUUAAUUUUAUUUCUUUAUUUUGGUUCACUGUGCGCAUCUAUCCUAAACGGAAAAAUAUACGCUGCCCGUUAAUAUCAGUUGCGCCCUCGGUUAAAUGUUUUGCCGCGAUCAAAGUGUUAGCGUAGUGUAAAUAUCAAUAUUGAGUUCGGAAGUAGUUGCGAAUUUUUAUGGAAAUCUUAAUAAUUAAUAACAGGAGUUUUUUGUCUCCUCGUCUUUCAUAGUGACGAGAAUUUUUGCUUCAACAAGUAAUGGCGACGAAACUACGAAAAAUCCUAAUAUGCCUUCUUGGUGGUAGACCAAGUAAGUAUAUUAUAGUGUCUCAACGUAGUAAUUAUUUUCGAUUGUUGAUUAUUUCUCAUACUUGGAACAUUCAAUUCUUAGUAAUAAUAACAUUAUUUUAUCUUAAUCUUGCAUUUAUAAUACUAAUUAUAAUUGUUGUUUGUGCUAAAACAAAUGACAACAGUGCUUAUGUGAAGAAAUGUAUAUAAAAUCUACAUAAGAUUUUUUAUUUAUUCGUUCAAUUACCGACUUUUUACUUAAAAUAAUUUUAUUUUUUUUUUGUUAUGAUGUCUGCUACCAAAUAAAAUUGAUAUCACAUUAAGUAGCCGAUGGGCGAAAAAUGACCGUUAUCAACCCUUCUCCUUCUUAUAUAUGUACCUUAAAGUAAGUUUAAAUAUAGUAGCGUAUAUAUAAGUCCAUAUUUAUGUAUGUUUCAUUUUAAUUAAAAUUUCACCGACUACUAUAUUCAAUAAGUACAAAUGUUAUGUGUACUAUUGGAAUACAUUAUUCAUGGUAGGUAUAUAGAAAUCUACCAAGGGGUUAAACAUUUAAUAUUUGAUACAUUUGCCACUAUAAAUAUAUGAUACAUUUUUGAAAAUAGAAGUGGAAGUAGAGGGUACGAGAUGUUUCUUUUUUAUCACGUGGUCUACUCGUAAGUCACGUUUGAACACAAUCGAGUUUAUUGGUUAAUGUCCUUCCAAAAACAAAAAAAAAAUAUAUAUAUGUUUAGACAAUUAUUGUAGAAAUUUUUAAUACCUUUUUACCUUUAAAGUUUUACCUACUAAAUUUAUAUAUUUUAUGUGUUUGUGUCUAAUAAAGGACCAUUCAAGUAUAACGUAACAAUAAUUUCUUACAGCAUUCAUUACAUUAUCUACAUUAUUUUAAAGUCAAUAAAUUCCUCUUUAAUUACGUCACACUUGACUGAGCCUUAACGAAUAAGAAUUUUUUAACUUUAUAAGAAUUUAUUUGUAAACACUU